AGGCAUAGAUAAUAGACUAUGAUAAUAGAUAUAAGGGGAAACUGUGGAGUAAAUUGAAUAAGAUUUUUAAGUUUGCGUACAGCAUUUUUUCUAAAAAUUUCAAGCAAAAACUAUUGUUUCCUAUACGUUUGAUAUGGCUUUACAGUCAGUCAAGAAAAUAUCACUUCUACUGGGGCACUGUGUUCCAUCUGUUAAGUCACAAGCUUCAAAAAUAAGAAUAAAAAGGUUAGAAUUAGAUACCAAUUUGUUGAUGUAUUUUAGAAAAGAUGACUAUAUAUACGCUUACGACCCAAAUAAAAUAUGCAAGACUGGCGACAUAGUUUUAGUAGAACUACUAGCUGAAAAGUUGACUCCACUUAUAACACACAAAGUUAAAGAAGUAGUUUAUCGUCUUGGAGACAUUACAGAUCCUCUUACAGGGAAGAAAGUAGUAGUUGACAAGUUUAGACACCAAAUUGAUGCAAUUGAUGAUGUGUUUGGCCCUUCACCUUCCAAGUUUAAUUAUGAUAAAGCACCAGAAAGAGGAUGGUUAGAAGAUAAGAAAGAUUUCACACAUGUCGAAACAUACAUUAAAUAUCACGAAACAGGAGAAGAGCAACCAUAUGCAGUUUAAAAGGAAAAUGCAUUAAGAUUAUAUCUAGCAGUAUAUUAUCAUUGUAAUAAAUUUAUAAAUAGUGUUA